GAGGCCGGACAUGCAGAAUGCCUUUGUCUCGGUGGUGGGCAUGGGCGACGACAUCAACGGCGUCGUCCGCACCUGCCCUCCUCCCCGCGACGGGGAGUCUGAGAAGGCAUGCCAGGUGGAUGCAUCCAUCCUGGUGGCAUGGGUGGGCAACGCCGCGGCCAAGAUUUCCCUCGCAGCCUCCAACUGCGCUCUGUCGCUGAACGUCGACUCUGUUUGCGCGGCGGGCGUCACAGGCCUGGUGGCCGCCUUUGGCGAGAUCUCCGCGGGCGCCUGCCUGGGCGCGGCGGUUUGCACGCCGACGCCCCCAUCUUUGACCACUACCAAGAUCAGCGUGUUGGGUGAUCAGACAGUGCGCACGCCUGAAGCUGGGCGUCGUUUGUUGAUCGGUGAAGGGCCAGUUGGAAAUGGCGUCCAGUGUGGUGUGGAUGUGGGCAUGGUGGCAGCCAACAUCGCCAACAUCGGUUUGGCCAUCAACAAGGCAGUGAACGUGAAUCGCUGUGGAAAGUUCGCGACUGAGAAGAACCCCUUGAACGUCCUGAAGGGCAUUCCAGAUGCGCUGUGCACUGUGGACAUUGCUGGAGCUGUCGCAUACAUCAGUCAGGUUGUCACCUUCAUCAACCUCAUCGUGGUUCACUGCCAGGACUUCCUGGAUGUCAGCGCCUUGUGCGGCGGUUCCAUCGCCGCCAUCACCACCGGAGGUGCUGCCAUUGCUGCCUAUGGCGGCGCGGUGCACGCUGCCUGCCGCUACAACCACCUCCUGAAGACUCCGAAGCCUACGCAAAAGGUGGCGGAGUGGCG